CUGUCCUGGCGCCCUGCACCCCUUCUCUCUCUCUCCCUCUUUCUCUCUCUUUCUUCCUUUCUCCUCCUUCCACUCGCUCUCCUUCCAGAGUGGGACACUUCACCACAGACUCCUGUCAGGUCUGCAGCAUCACUUUUGGGAGCUUCGUACAAGCCAGAAACCAUGCUGACGUUUUUGGCGCUGGCGUCGGUUGUCCUCCUGGGAAUAGUGCCUGAGCAGUCCCAGGCCAUAGUGAUCUACACAGGCUGGGAGCGCCACGCCCUGGUGGGCUCCGACAUCCGACUGUCCUGCUCCUUCUUCUCCUGGCGCUGGACCUCUGAGGACGUCACCUUCUCCUGGACAUACAGGCCCGACGGCUCCCGGGACAGCAUCUCUAUCUUCCACUACACCGGCGGCGUCCCGUAUGUGGACAACAAGGGGCCGUUCAGGGACAGGCUAGAGUUCGUGGGGAACCCGGGCCGCCGCGACGGCUCCAUCCUGCUCAAGAACCUGGACUUCAGCGACAACGGGACGUUCACCUGUGACGCCAAGAACCCCCCUGACAUAGUGGGCCGACCCUCCAGCGUCAGACUGCUGGUUUUUGAGAAGGUGCCCAUCCAGGCUGGGGUGAUUACGGGAGCCAUCAUCGGGGUGGUGCUUGGCCUGCUCGUGCUCAUCGUAGCCAUCUACUACCUGAUGAGGUUCCUGGUGGCGCGUCGCGUCUUCAACCUCAGCGUCAGCAAACAUGGCAAGAAAAAGAAAGAGGGAUCACAGCAGAGACAGGGCCCCGCGCCUCCCGCCGAUCCCUCCAAGGUGAAGGCGGCCGCCUCGGAAAAGAAGAAGCAGGAGUCGCGCAAGGAUAAGAAAUAGGAUACGGGGACGGGCUGGGGCGGGCUAGCCGACCGUCUGCUCCAGCCCAUCCGCUCGGCGGUGGCGAUGGCCCGGCCUAAGCAGCGGGAAACCGUAGUGAAAAAGAUAGAGAGGGUAGGGGGAGCGGAGAAGGACUCGGGCCGGGUGCUGAUGACCAUCGAGCUGGAGCUGACCGGCAAAAACGGGGAGGAGGGGGCGAGAAGCGAGGGAGGGAAAGGCCCGGCCAAGUCGCUGGGCUUCCUCUCCCGCCUCGCCAACCAGCUCACCUUCAAAUAGACCCACCAGAGAAGCAGAGGGAGGGAGCGAGCGAGCGAGGGAGGGCGAGUGGGAAGAGAGGAGGCAGCUGUCGAGGAGAAGAGAGUGUGAAUUCUACCGAGGGAGAGAGCGAGAGAGUUAAAAAACUAGUUUGUCCCAGGGAGCUCAACCUACUUCACACCCACCAGAAAGCCAAACCUGAGUCCCUUAAUAAAUGAGUCAAAUGGUAUCUGCUCUUGUCACAGGCGGCUGGCUGGAGACGCAGCAAUACGGGCUGAGAUCUAAGAUGUCGUGAUAAUCUAUUACACCAGCUGGCACUCCAAGUACUUUUGUCAGGUCAUAAGAUAUGCCAUUUGAAGCGAGACCCUGAGACGGCCGGGUUUGAUAACAGAAUCUAAAAGCUGUUCCCUGAGUUUUGCCUCUUUUUUUUUUUUUUUUUUUUGGUUCCUUUCAGCGCGAUCCUAUCCUAUCCGGCGAAAAGCUUUCUCCAGUGCGUCCGAUACGCAUCGCGAGUCCCCGGCUGCAGGGACAAGCCAAUUUGCUCUUUUAGAGACGUGUCAAACUCCAACUUUCUCCCCUCACACUGAUCUUCAUUCAUUUUCUCUCCUAUCCCCCCCCCCCACCUUCUUCCUCUUUCACUGUGAAUACUCCCCCUAUUUUUCCCGAUUUUCUUGUUAAUUUGAAUUAUAGAGGUGAUUUAUAUGCUAACUGCUCUAUCCUGUUUUUCUUCCUCUCUCUCUUUCUCUUUCUCUCUCUCUCUCUCUCCUUUCCCUCUUUUUCUUCCUCUCUUUCUCCUAUAGAUAAAGGUCUGACUUCUCCAUGACUGCCUCCACUCCUCUAGUCUGCUCCCUCCUUUUCUGCCCAGCCUGACGCAACCCCCAUUAUUCCCCAUUAUCUCUUCUCUUUCAAGACAGCACUGGCUGUGAGAAUAGUCCCACUUUAUCAAUAGCAACAGUGUAAAAUGAUUUUUUUAUCGCCUCGGAGGAGAUCCUAUAUGCACUCAUUGGGCAAACUCUAAAAAUGUAUAAGGCCUAACUGCGCGCACAUAACUUCCUUAAGAGGAACCCGAAACAUAUCCCUCCGCAUUUCGAGCCCCCUGAAUCUCCACCCCCCUCCCUUAAUGUUUACGACUCAAUCACACCCGCUUUGAGUGCUGCUUUGAGUGCACUCUGGAUUCAGAAAAAAAAAAAAUACAGAGAGUGAGAGAGAGAGAGAGGAGAGAGCAAUAGAGUCAGAGAGAAAUAUGAUUCCCGCUCCCAGCCGGCGCAGAUAGAGGUUCAAGCCCUCGCGCCCGGGGUGAUUCAAUCCUCUCACAUUUGAGCUAAUGGAGGUUGUCGCCGUGUCCCUGCCCCGGCUAAAGGGGGGCUAUUUCUGGCCCUAUAAGAGCGUACGGGGCUUACUGUAACAGCUGCACAUUUUUCAGCCAAGGGCGGGGGAAGGAGUAGAGGGGGAGGGGAGGCGGGGGAAGGGAGGGGGGUCCCGCUGUGCUGUUUGCGCCCCGAGUGCGUGAGGCUGUCCGCCGUCGACGCGGCCGGCGACUGACACCCCGGCAUGACGUCACGGCUCCGGAGCCGGCGGACACUCUCAGGACUCGGACAAAAAGGGGGGCUUACCAGGGAGAGGUGCAGCUUUUGUGCUCUCAGAGUUAUUUUAGGUCCGGUUAAUCCGUUUGCUCGCACGUUUCUCCUCCUCCCACCGCCUCCUCCUCCUCCCUCACGCCUCGCCUCGCCUCGCCUCGCCUCUCCUCCCAACCCAGGGGCUAAUUAUUUUACUGCGUGCUAGUCGCGAAAUAUCUCCUCCGCUCCUCAUCUCCGCUCCCAUCUCGGGAGUCGUCUCUCCUCUCUCGGGCCGGUCCUUCUCUCUCUCUGUCUCGCUCCCCUCCUCUGUCCAGACGUCUUUUUCCUCUCUUUAUCUCUUCCUCUUCCUGUCUGUCGUCCAGUGGCUCGGCUCUGCUUUAUUCCCCCCCAUAGAAAAAGGCCUAUACACAAUCCACUCCACUCUUUUUAAGCCUCUCCUUAUCUGACUGCCAGGCCCACAGCUCAAAGCUCAACUCUCCUCUCUUCUGUCCUUACUCUUCUCCUCCUCGUCCCUUUUUCAAACUCGGUGAUGGACGUCUCUCUCUCUCCCCUCCCUCCCUUCUUUUCCUCUUCCCCCGUGAUCGACAAACGCCCUCCUCGUUCGCCCUUCAAAAUGCCACAGGCCCCAAAUGGCAUGCCGUCCUCCCCCCCCCCCCCCCUCAAAAAACGAAUGCCCCUUUCUCUCUGUUUCUGCUGGUUGGGAUCGCCGCGACGCUCUCGCCGCCGCCCCCUGCUGGCGAGGGAAGAAAAACCGAGCAGAAUCCGCCUUUAGUUCUCACUGAAGACGCCAAACAGAAACUCAUAAUCUAGCUAGCUCUUUUUUUCCGGUCGCAAAAAAAAAAACAAACAAAAAACAAAAAACGAUGCGUAUUCUAUGUAUAUGUGUGUCUAGUAAAGAGUGUCAAAGUGAAAUAUGACAUACAGAAAAAAGAAAACACUGUACGUCACCCUAAGUAAAGCAUAAUGUUUUCCGAGAUUUUUUUUUUUUUUUUACAUGUGCGCAAAACCACAUGGAGAGCGUGUUUAUCGAGGCAGGGAAGAAAUGUAAUUUUAAAUCUAUGGGAAAAUCUCAUUAUAUUUCUGACCUUGUGUUAUGGACGGUACUGUGUGGCUGUUACUUCGGUGCAUAUUUUUGCUGCGAGACGAAGGGCUUUUUUUUUUUUUUUUUUUUUUUUUUUUUUUCUUCUUUUCUCCUCCCUCUCACCCACCCGCCCCCCGUUUCGGAGUAGACGAGGUGCUCGCGCUGUGACAGAGAGAAGAUGAGGGCGGAUAAGGGUUAGGUUAGCCUCAGAUACAGCGUGAUGAUGUGGCUGGGGAGAAAAAAUUAAAAAAAAAAGGGGGAGGCAGGUGCUUGCUUGCAGGAGAAAGCUGCGGAGGAAGAGACUUAUCUGCCGUGUUAAGCCAAGCCAAAGUCCAUAUGUACCGCGACAGAUAGGGCCCUCUCUCUUCCCCUGAGCUUUCUCUCUGAGUUCGCUCCGUCCCCGACCCCCAAGCCAAAGAUGGAUCGCGAUCUGCGUGCUUGAUGUGCAGGGUGGGUUAGCGUGGAGCUGAAUGUUUCUGCUCAAACUGGUCAUGAGAAUGGAGGUGCUAUAAUCCACAUCUUUAUAACUGGAGAUCUCUUUCACUAGUCGCUGUUUUAACUAUCCAGCAAAAUGGAUCGGUUCGAAUGUGUCUUUCUUCUUUCUCUGCGAGGCCACACAGACACCCGACAUAAGACAAACAUUAAAAAUGUCUUUUAAAAAUGUUUUCUUUGUAUGUAUUGUGGACUGUCAUUAGUUGUUGUUGCACAGUUAACAUUCUUUGAAAUGAGUGGAGCUUCUUACAUAUAUUGUUAUUAUUAUUAUUAUUAUUUUUUUUUACAUUUACGUUAAUGCUUGUGAUAAUUCAGGCGCAACUAACGACUUUUGAUGAUUCUGUAUAAUAUGAUGUAAAGAGAAAGUAAAUAAAAAUUAAAGCCCCAAGCGCA